GUAACCUGGGUUUGGUAAAAAUGGGAUUUCCAUUGGACUGGCCAAGGUAUAAAUUGUUCUGCAAGAACAUUUGCUCACAGUGGAGCUUUACGUAUCCUAAGGAAAACACAAGCAGGUAAUUAUUUAAUACUGCUUUGUUAUUCAUUUAAAAUGCAUGUUUUUAACUACAAAGGUCAUUUGUGUUCAUUUUGUGUGUGAUUACUGAGUUUAGAGGGUUACUGGCUAAGCUGUAAAACUAGAAGCAGUGGGAGGAGUAGGAAGGUGAGAAGGAGUAUUUAACAGUGGCGUUUGGUGACUUUUACAGACAGGUAAGCAGAGCUGAAGAACCAACUAUAAGAUAUUGCUUACAAUUGCGUAAUGUUCUAACUGAUGUCUUUUUGUACCUUUAACUGGUCAAGCACUACUUGCCCUGCUUGUCCUGAUCACACACCAAUGAUAUUUAAGGAUGUUGAAAGAAAAAAGUAAAAGAGGACGAAGAAAGGGGGUAUGGCAAGUCAAACUAGGGCAUCCACAUGGUGACCACAUGUAACUGCAGGUACUAACUCUGUAGUAACAUGACAUUACUACCAUAAAAUAAAAACGAAAUAUGUGUUACAUUAUUGGUCUUUUUUAAUUAAAUAGUCUGUUUAUACCUUUGUUUACAAAAACUGAACAGGCAGUAGAGAGAGAAAGCCAGAAACAAAGGAACAAUGGAAAAUGGAGUAAGAAGGGAAGAUGAAAAAAGGAAAGAAGGAAGGAAAGACAUUUGAUUCAAAACAAGCUUUUUAUCUAAACAGCUUUAAAAGUCAGUAUUUGCUAAAUCCUCUGCCAGCCCCAGAUCUUAUAUAUGACAUUUUUAAAAUGUUUACAGUGACUUAAAACAGAGACCAACCCUUCUGGAAGAGUCAAAAUGAAAGCAUUACAGCUUGCUGUCAUUCUCCUGAUUGUCUGCAUGAGCAGUGCAGUGGCUCUGAAGUGCAACCACUGUAUUCCAUAUUCAGUUGGUGCCCAUUGCACCAACACAGUGGAGACCUGCCAGAGAUUCAAUGAAGUCUGUGCCUCUGUCAUCUUUACAUUUCCCAGGUACUCAUAUUUCAAGAGGUGCAUGAAGGAAUCGGACGCCUUUAUUUUAAAGUCCUCUCCCCACAUUCAAGUCUUCACGUGUACCACGGACAGGUGCAACUGAAAUGAUGAUCUGAAACUUCAUAAUAUUAUAAUACAGAAAUAAUACCAUGCACUUCUAGCCAAUAAUUGUAAUCAAUUUUUAAUGCCUGGUCUCUAAGUUCAAUAAACAUUGUACACACAGAAAGGAUAGGAUUGUGUGCGUAAGCCCUCAUUUUUAAUUUGAAUAUUCUUCUGCAUGAUUUUUUUUCCUAUACCAAAACAUGUAUUUGCUUGUGACUUCACUUCAAAAAAAAUAUUAUCCAUUACCCAGUACAGUGGGCAUUGUUUUGUAUAGUUGCUCUUGACAGUAGAAGUAGUUGGAAAAAGGCUUAUAGGGAAAAAUCUUUUUUUUUAUUUAUUUAUGCAAAUUAGAUGCAAAAAUAAAUAAACAAAUGAAUACAUUAAUGUAAACGGCAAUUCAGACAAUUUUUAAAGGUUUAUCCGAAAAACGUGUAUCAAGUUUCAUUUGAAUGACAUCACAGUUUUGUAAUCUGUCAAGCUUUAUUUACAUUGUUACUUCGGCAGUGAAGUACUAGUACUGUGAUGUGACUGAUGGGCAGGGCUUAUUAAAGACUGAAGUGGGUAUAGGUGUGGUUUUUGGGGUGUGAAAACUGACAUAGUAUAUUGAGUGGAUGGUGCCACAAUUGCCUACAGUGGGAGAGGGUUGUGUGACAUUUAUGUGAGAGGAGAAUAUUUUGUUGCCGUCGCCGUGGCACUCAAAAGUCUUUGAUGAGUAUGUCCCC